CCUGUCUCAUGAAACAUUUCGGGUGUUUCCGAGGUUUGAAACGAAAGUAAAACUAUUACUCGCUAUACGAUUUACGCGGAAUCAUCGGGGCUAAAAAUCAGAACGUGUAUGAAAGGUCAUAACUCGUCUGUAUAAUGGAGUCUUACAGGAGUCAUUACGGAUACCAAAAAUUAAGGAAUAUUGUACAGGAAAGACCUUACAAUGGCUUGAUAAAUCAAGGUGCAACCGACUACCUGAACUCUAUACUGCAGUGUCUCUACAUGACCGAAGACUUCCGACAAGAAGUAGAAAGAUUUGUACCAGAUCAAAGAAACCCUGAUAAGGAACGUUUGAUGCAAGAACUGCAGAAGCUCUUUAAAGAGAUGAAGAAAGGUGAUUGUACACCUGAAGGGAUAACUCAAAGGUUGGGCAUCGCCAAUGCCUAUGAACAGGAGGAUGUAGUAGAAUACUAUCAGAAAUCUCUAAAAGCAAUUGGACCACAAAGUUCUAAGGUAUUUGAAGGGAAAAUGAGCAACAAAACGAAAUGUAUAAACGAUCAUAUAUUUGAAGAGGAGUUCCACUUUUUCACCAUCCCUUUAUCCAUAGAAGCUGGACACAGUGAGGUCUUCAACGUGAACAAUGGAUUACACACUUUUUUUGAACGGAUAAAGUUAGAUGAAGACAACUGGUUGUAUUGUAAACAAUGUGGACAAAAAAAUGAAACAGAGACUUGGAAUGAAAUCAAGGACCUUCCAAAAAUCCUGACUCUGUACCCAAAGAGGUUUUACUUUGACUACUACAAGAUGAGGCCUGUGAAGAAUCACUGUCCCAUGGACAUUCCCCUGCAACUUGUGAUGAGUCCGAAUUCGAAAUAUGAUCUUUAUGCAGUUAUCAACCACAUAGGAAAUGAAAGUGGAGGGCACUACAAUGCUGUCAUCAAAUCCUUCGAGGAUGGCAAGUGGUACUGUUUUGAUGACACUUCUGUCAGAGAGGAUUCAGAGAGCUCUUUCAGACUUUCACGGCAGGCUUAUUUGCUCAUGUACAGAAAUGUAGAGGUAGAUAGGCUGAGCCCAGAUGAGAAAUCAACCAACGAGUACUAUGAGCUGGUCACUACGCUGCUGCAGAGGAUCCAACACUUUAUCUCUGUGUUUAAGGAGAGCAAGUUCCCCUCCAAUUAUAAGGAAACUGAGAUCCUUUGUCACGAGUUUCUUGAUUUUAAGAAGACACAUCUGCCUGAAAUUGAGGCUUACAAAAAACAUUGUUACAAAACCUUUGAGGUUGCAGUGCAGGCUGGACAGAUUAAGAUUGCUCCCAGUUACCACCCCACCAAUGUGGAGAAAGAGUGGUGUCAACUACAAACAGCCAUAAUUAAGCGACAGAGGCUGCUCACAAAGGAGUUUAAACAGGUGUACUGUUUCCAUCGCCAUCUGGUAAAACAGUGCAGGGAGUUCAGUGUACCCCUAACACAGCCAGAGCUGGAUAAAGCCAAGAUCUGCUACAUCCAGGACCUGUUGGUCUGUCUGGAGAAUAAACAAAUACAAAUACAAAACAUGGAGUGGGGAGCAGAUCUACAGUCCAAUGGAUCCCAUCUGGGCAUCACACUACAUCAGUCUAUCAUAGACUUCAAAUCCAACAUUGACCAUGCUCAUGCAGAUGAGACUCAGUUAACCCCCGCAAAUAGACAAGUAUACAGAUCUUAUCUGGAAAAGCUGGACAUGAAGUACAAAACACUUCUGGAGCUUCAUAAGACUAAGAAGAACUUGAAGCAGCACUGUCAUAACUUUAUGACCAAUAGACAGGACUCUGAGCCUGGACUCUUUGGUGCAGAUGAGUGCAAGAAGGCUGAUUACAAUAACCUGCCUCAUUCACUGGAACAAGCAGAGCAUGAUGAGUCUGUGUGUAAGAGUUACAUCACUCGAAUUAAAAGCUUUAGGCUGAGCCUGCUGAAUUAUGGGCCAUAUAUCAUCAGCUCCUUCAAGCAGACAGCUUUUGCCCAGGACACGAAGGAAAUUCAGAUUAUGAUGGAGAAUAAAAAGAAAGAAUUUGAUACACUGAUUGAAGAAACACUGACUUCUGUUCAGCAAUCCACCUGUUCAUAUAAUUUCCUUUGCUGGGAGAUUGACUACACCUUGAAGGAGCUUGAGCAUGUUUACUCUCUCUUCUAUAACUACUGCAACACACAAGAUACUGGAGACGUUCACAAGAAAUGUGAGAACCAGCUGUCUGAUGUUCACAAAGUUCCCGCAAAUGAGAAAGAAAUGUCGUCCAACCAAGAACUGCUAAAGAAAGUGUGCUCUGAAGUGAAGCCUGAUGCGUCAGUGGAGGAUGAGCUCUGUGAUCCCAUGCUGGGUCAGUUGCCUUGGCUGCAGGACUAUAGACAGAGAUAUGAGCAGCGUGUUCAGUGGAUUGCUGAUGUCAAGCAAAGGCAGGAAAAUAUCCAGGACAAACCUGUCAUUAAUAACAAAGAACUUAAAGAACAGAUGGCCGAGGGGAAGAAACUCCAUGAGGAGAUCAUAAACAAUGAGGACAAAAUUAAGGAUUUUGUGAAGUACGUUCUUGAGUGUGUUAAGAAAAUAAAGGGUCAUGAACAUAACAUGGAAAAAUAUAAAGCAUCACUGAAGCCUUUGAGCUCCAAGAUGGAGUCUGUUUCAAAAAGCAUUAUGCACGAGAUUGUCACUCUCCAAACAAGCUACAAUGAGGUGUUGAUGCUGGCAAUGAAGUUUAACAUGUAUAUGCAACAAUACUUGGAAUAAAAUAUGAGUAAAAUCAGCCUCCAACGGUAAACAAUCAAGGCACAUUCAAUGCCUCACAUGAAUAUUCACCCCACUGAUUUUUUUUUGUUUAUUUUGUAGUCAUACACAAGAAAGUUUUUGUAAAAUCUCAAAAGGAAUUUUUUGCUAUAUUGGAUAUAUUUUGGAUUUUAUGAGUUGCAUACUCAUGGGUUGGGUAAAAAAAAUUCUUCAAUAUUUCUGUUUUUAUUUUAUGCAAAAUAAAUAAAUAAAUAAAUAAAUAAAUAAAUAAAUAAAUAAAUAAAUAAAUAAAUAAACAAAUUCUGCCUUCCCUGUGUCCAUCAUGAUGCAGGUCAGAUCUUCACUCAUGGUCAUAUAUGUGAAACUUUGUGUGUGACAGAGAAUUUAACUGUUAACUGAUGUUUACUGUAACUGAUCAUUACAGAUGAUUCCUGUAAAGGGUGUGGCAAAGCAAAACUGAAAGUUACAAAGGCUGUUUUGGCAGUGUACCAACUAUUAUGUACCAUGAAUGCAAUUUCAUGACAUGUUAAUUUAAUAGCAUAGUUAUAGCAUAAGAAAAGGCCCAUCAGCUGCUGGCAUAUAAAUAAUCUUUUGCUCAUACUGUAGCCACAUUCCUCCCAGAUUAGAAUAAGGUACAUCAUAAUGUGGUAAAUGCUUAGAUACCCUUCUCAUUGUGGGCAUGUUGUAUUUAUGUUAUCUAAAAAAGCUUUUUUUACUUUACAUAAUAAGGAGCAGCACCUGCGAGAAAAUGUGUCACAUUUCAAGUUUAGAAAAUAUAGCAUGUGUUUUUUGGCAAUCCAUUUUACACCAAGGAUUAGCAAGUGAGCUAGUUGAUAUAACAAAAAAUGUAAACUAAUAACAAUAAUGCUAAUUUGUGUAGAAUAUCUGUAUGGUUUAAAUAUAACUUGACAUUGUAAAGAUAAACUGGUCUAUAUGUAGCCUGAUCAGCUGGAUGGACUUUAAUAAAAGUAUAUGACUGGUAAAA